ACCAAACCAAAAAUAUACUAACUUGAUCAGGAACUGAUCGCGCAGAGAGAUACAUGUGCGUACAGGCAGUGCGCGUUUGGUUUGGCAAGCGCAAAAUUCUACUAGUCGCUAGAACCGCAGGGUAUGGCAAAUUAUUACCACGUAUUGCACCGAAUCUCACCUUUUCGGGUAGCAUCUCCAUCGCGCGUUUACUCAGCUGAUCCCGAUGUCUGCCGUAAAUGGUUGCCUUUGGAUGACGGCAAUGCGUGAAGCCUUUUGCCGCGUGCAGCUUGUCUUACGAAAUCAGUUGUAUCUAGAGUCUACAGAUCUAGAGUAGGUAAGAUGCGGGUGGCGUUCUUGUUCUUGGGUUUGCUGUGUCUGGUUGGGCUGUCGGUUGGACAGGACACGAGAAGAAGUUUUUUCGAUUUUUUCUUCGACGUGGAGAAUAAACUGCAGAAGGGACGUAUUGUUGGUGGUUCAACAGUGACCAUCGCCAGGUAUCCGUUCGUAGCGUCUUUGCGACGAUAUUCUAAUCACAUCUGCUCGGUGUCAGUGAUUUCGACUUACUACGCAGCAACAAGUGCGCAUUGUACGUACUCGUUUAAAUCUUUAACCGGAGUAACCAUUUAUGGCGGUAGUACUAGCCGCACGACCGGUGGUAAAGUGUUCACGGUAACCAACAACUACAUUCAUCCCGACUACGAUCCAGACACGUUCGAUUUCGACGUGGCCGUGCUGAUGGUAAAGACUCCAUUUACACCGAACACUAACAUUGCCACUAUUCCAUUGGCCUCUGCUGGUUAUACCAUCCCCGAUCGGGUCUUGCCUACCGUCACCGGGUGGGGCCGCACAUCGUCCGGAGGAGCUUUGUCCCCUUCACUGCGUGCCGUAGCAAUCCCCAUCGUCAGUACAAGCACUUGUGAAUCGUUAUGGACUGCAGCGGCGAUCACGGAAAAUAUGUUGUGCGCCGGUUCAAAGGGAAAGGACGCCUGUACGGGUGAUAGCGGUGGGGCACUGGUGGUACCCAACAACAAUUAUUUCAUCCUUGUCGGCAUGGUGUCUUGGGGUUCUGCUUCAUGUGGCAGCGAAUACCCGGGAGUUUAUGCCAACAUAGCUUCCGCAGGGAUUCAAAGCUUUUUGGCGCAAUAUGUUUGAUGUGAAUGACUGCGAGUAAGACCCUAAGAAAACAUAUGUUUUGAACUAUGCUUACCAGUGUUUCGAUUGCAUAUGAGUGUAUCACAUUAUGGGAAAUGAGCAAUGAAAGAACUGGAGUGGAAGGAAGUGGAAAUACCGAAACCAUCCGAAGCUGAGAUGGGUCGGUUGAGGUAAUGCUAGAUACAUACUCUGUAAAUGUUGAUAAUAGAAUUCCAUUCGAAGAUUUUUUGGCAACCAAUAAAGCAUAUUUUAACUCCGCUGUAGUUACAUUA